ACAAUACAAAACCUCAUAUAUUGUUAAUUCACUCCUUACACGAAUUGCUUGUAUCAAAGCAAGACAAUCCCACCAAUCAUGCCUCCCAAAAAGCCCAAGCAAAGUGACGCUACACCAGAAUCACCACCUCCGAAUUGGCCCCCUUUCAAGCCUCUCAUGCCAUCUACAAACUUAACUCUCGAAACCAUUGUUCCUGGUCAAAUUAUUACAAUACCAAACUUUUGGACAUCUACUUUGUGUAAAAAUUAUGUCUCAUUCUUGAAAAGUUUACCCUUAACUACAACACCUGGUAAACCUAAAAAGGGUGAUGCAUUGAGAGUCAAUGAUAGAUACCAGGUUGAUGAUUGGAAUUUCGCUGAACGACUUUGGAGGGAGACCGGACUCAAGGAGCUUUUAUGUGGUGAAAUUGAGAGGGAAUAUGAGGAGGAGGGUGAAAAGAUGAGUGAGGAGGAGAGAAGAGAGUUGUGGUGAAUAUCCCGCCGUUUGGCCGUCCAUACUUUAUGCACCCGCUACAUGAUGCUAAUAAGUAUUAUAGGGGAGGAGAAGUUGUAGGUUUAAAUCCCGUCAUCCGAAUAUAUAGAUAUUCAAAAGGACAGUUCUUUGAUUGCCAUUGUAAGUUGACACACCCCCUUCAAGUCACGAGUGUUCAAUUCUCACAUAUUUCUCAGACGAUGAAUCGAAUCUCAUCACACUUCCAACAAGACCUACGUCCACUCAAGCAAAGACAACAUGGACACUAUUAUUAUAUCUCACAUCUCCAGCAACAGGUUGUCAAGGGGGUGAAACAGUUUUCUACCCUGAGGAACUUCCUAACAAGAAGUCUCCCAUUGAUAAGCCUGUUGUCAUAAGUCUAGAGACUGGAAUGGUCCUGUUACAUAAGCAUGGGGAUGAUUGCAUGUUGCAUGAAGGGAGAGAAGUCACGGACGGUGAGAAGUGGAUUAUAAGAACUGAUGUAUGCGUAAGAAGAGUAAAGCCUUUGGUAAAUAAGUCGAUGUUCGAAGGACUUUCAGCUAUUUAGGAGGUAUAGUAGGUAAUAGGUGAUAGUUAAUGGUACCUACUACUUGCCUGGGUAAUAGCCAUGAAUUGAG